AGAAGAAAGUCACGCUGUAGAGUAGGCGGGAAGGGGCAAGGGGAUUGAAGCGUCUAAAGUAGGUAAAUAGUGCUGCGACAUCGUACAACUCCGAAGGGUUAACAGUCCUUAUGUGGGCUGUGAUUUAACAAUGAAGGCAGAAGAGCAAAGGUCAGCUAUGUCCUUCAUUGAUACAACCAUUAAGAUGAGAAAGGAGGCUAAUGCCAAGAAAGUAGUUUUGGCCUGGGCUCUGCUGAAUGUGUCACUGGCAGGAAUGAUUUACACUGAAAUGACUGGAAAAAUGAUAAGUACCUACUAUAACAUUACUUACUGGCCCUUGUGGUACAUUGAACUUGCUCUGGCAUCCUUAUUCAGUUUGAAUGCACUGUUUGACUUUUGGAGAUAUUUCAAAUACACAAUGGCUUCUCCAAAUAUAACUUUGAGCCCCUCUCAGCAGAAGCUUCUAGGCGUACCUUAUUCAUUGGCCCAGUCUUCUCCACAACGGGAUCUGAUUCCAAAUAAGGUUCCAGGCUCUACAUCACCCCCAAGCAUGCAGGGACAGAAUGUUCUGAGCUACAGUCCUUCUCGGUCUCCUAGCUCCAGUCCAAAAUUCUCACCUAGUUGCAUUAGUGGUUAUAGUCCUCAGAUACAGGCUAUGCUACCAAACAGUGGUAGUCCCUUCACUUCAGUUGUGUCAUACUCCUCUAACAGCUUCCCCAAGAUUAUAAAUUACAGUCCUUCUUCGAGUUCCCCACAAUACCCUAGUAAUCUUGGUCCAGUGGAAAGUGGUGGUCUGAGAUCUCGCUACCGUUCAUCUCCAUCUGCCUACAGCUCUCCAACAGAUAAAGAGGAUUAUAUGACUGACCUGAAAUUGCUAGACACUUUCCUAAGGAGUGAAGAAGAGAAACAGCAUCGGGCUCAGCUUGGGAGUCCAGAUUCAAGCUCAACUUCAACCAGUCCAACCUUCUGGAAUUACAGUCGUUCUGUGGGUGAUUAUGCACAUACCCUUCGCAAGUUUCAGUACCAGCUAGCCUGUCGUUCCCAGGCUCCCUCUGCACAUAAAGAUGAAGCUGAUCUUGGCUCCAAGCAUGCUGCUGAAGAGGUUUGGGCAAAAGUCACAAUGAAUCGUCAGCUGCUGGACCAUAUGGAUACAUGGACUGCAAAAUUCCGAAAUUGGGUUAAUGAAACCAUUUUGGUCCCCUUGGUCCAUGAGAUAGAUUCUGUGAACACACAAAUGAGAAGACUCGGUUGUCCUGAGUUACAGAUAGGAGAAUCAAGCAUAAGCAGUUUGAAGCAAGCAGCUCUAGUAAAAGGCCCACUCAUACCAACAUUACAUAUCAUAAUGCAAUAUCUGGACGUCACUCCAAAUCAGGAAUACUUGUAUGAGCGCCUUAAAGAACUGUCACAUGGAGGAUGCAUGAGCUCUUUCCGGUGGAAUUCAGGAGGAGAUUUUAAAGGUCGAAAAUGGGAUACGGAUCUUCCAACUGAUUCUGCGAUCAUGAUGCAUAUAUUUUGCACAUAUCUGGACUCUCGCCUGCCUCCCCACCCUAAAUAUCCAGAUGGGAAAACCUUCACUUCUCAGCAUUUUGUCCAGGCUCCCGAUAAACCAGAUACGUCAAAUGAAAAUGUAUUUUGCAUCCACCAGAGCAGUGUAAAUCCUCCCUACUAUGAGUUAGUCUAUCAGAAGCACAUCUACAGCCUGCCAAAGGGAAGAAACAACUUGUUUCAUACAUUGCUCAUGUUCCUGUAUAUUAUAAAGACCAAAGAAUCAGGAAUGCUUGGGAGAGUCAACCUUGGUUUAUCUGGAGUGAAUAUCUUAUGGAUAUUUGGGGACCUUUGAUGCUUGAUGUGGCCAGGAUUUCAGUUUAAAAGCUGUUUUUUUAACUAUUGCUUUUUUUCAAGUUAAUAUUUUUCUAUAAUGGUGCCUCUGAAAAAUAUGUAUUUAAAACGCAUUGGUUUUGCAAAGGGACAGAUUUUGUAGUUGUAAAAUUUCGAUUAAGGAUGACCUGUUUUUAGUGUUACCUGACAGAUUGGGCCUACUGGCAAGAACUGGCCACCCAUGCCAAUGGCAUUAAUACAUUUGUGUGGCUGAACAAUGCCCAAACAAGUUGAUCUGUAUGGAAUCUAGAGGGAGUUCCUCAUUUCUAGAACUGCCAGCACUUCGUGCAUAUGCCAAGAAGACGGAUUGGGGGGAUUUCAAUCCAGAGAAAUGAAUUGCAGUUAUAGGGAAUCCUACAACAGACUGCCAAAUAAGCUCCCCAAGAUUCCAAUUUGUAAAUAGUGCGAUAUGGAUGUUGAAAUAGCCAGGCUGCCCAACUAAAUCUUUUCAUGUACAGAAGUGUUUAAUCAGUCUGCAUCCACUGAAUUGUUUUCAUAUUGACAUGUAUUUACUCACUAUUUUAAGUUGCAAAUAGAAAUGGUUUCUGUUCAUAAUUUUAAAAAAUGUGUUAAAUUGCAACUUGAAUUAUUUUAAGGAACUGCUCUGCAUAUAGAUUUGUUUCUAUUUUACAUAAUUGUUCAGUCAUUUCCCCUUUCUAUAAACGUUUAGACAGAUGGCACACCCCGCAGCCUAAGUUUAGUUUUUUUUGGGCAUUUCCCAUUUUAUGAAGCAGCGGUGGUGGUUUUGGAAUUUCUUUUCUGCCUGAAAUACACCAGUGCAGAAUACACCUCAUGACUCAUAGCUCUGUUAUGUUUCAAAUGAUCUCUUAUAUAUUUCCUUUUAAAUCUUUAUUUGUUUUUACACAGCUAUGUAUGUAACAUCUAGGAACAAUUAUUUAGAGGUAAAAUUUUUCUAUGGCCUGUACAAAACUAUAUAAUCUAUUACUGACUUAUUUGCAUUAUUAGCAUUGGCUAUACAGUUUAGUUUCUCGUCACCAAUAAACGUUGAAGAAAAGCUUGGCUUUUUUUCAUUCUUGUAUAUAGAACAACCUAAAAUCUACUGUAUUUUCAAAAUGUCCCUUUUGUGAAAACAUUUUAACAGGAAGUAUUCUAUGCAGGAAUGUUUAAUUUCAUUUCUAAACAUUGAAAAUGAUUAGUAAACUGUAUUCAUACAUUUUCUUUAUGAUGUCAUAGACAAAGCAGGUAGUUUCUUUUUAAUUGUCAAACAUAUUCUGAGAAUUUGUAACUUCAUACUAAUUCUGUAAAGUAUUUAUAAUGCCAACAUAUUUUAUUCGAUUUUGAGAAGUGUUGGAAAUAAAGUAAUUUAGAGCACUCUUUUUUAUCUUUUUUUUUUUACUUUGUUUUUCCUGUAUGUAUGCCAUAAGUGGAGAUGUACCUGUCAUUCUGUAAAAGGCCCCAGCUGGCUAAAUUUCAUAAAUGGAACUGCCUGCAGCAAUGCAGUAAGCAAAAUUUUUAAUAAAGAUAGAGUGGCUGCGA